GGUGCAUAAGGAAUGGAAAUAUCUUGGGAGCUCAUUUCUAUAAGACUCAGUAUACCCCUUUAAUCCUGCUGCACCUUACCUCCUGACUGAGACUGGAAUUACUGCAACAACUGCACUUUCACACUUUCUCGUUCUGCUGAUCACACAAAGGAAGAAAGUAAGAGCCGCGCAGCUAUUUGUAUGGGUCUCUGUGGUUCUUGUCUGCGUCCCUGAGGUCAAAAGGAGAACAGUAAGGGUUUAGCAUCAGUCAAUAUCCUUGCAAAAGCACAUGUGUGCAGCAGCAUGCAAAGCAAGCAGGCGGCAUUGCAUUGAGUGGGCAGUCAGGUCAGGCUAUGCAGUGAGGAAAGCAGCGAGUCUUUGAUCAGGUCUAACUUGUAAAUCUUUGACAUUUAAAAGAGAAGCUGAAAGAUUCGAGCAGCUGAGAGAAACAGGGGGCGUCUAUGCUUUGGAAAGCGAGGAGGAGGAGUGGGAGGACGGGAAAGGGGAACGGUGAGGAUUCAUGCUGUGUUAGCAUCCCCUCAGCAACUCCAUCAAUACUGCAUACAGCUGAGGAGCUGACAAAGGUCCUGCAUGCUGCAAUUUCAGGCUCAGACAGAGAGUGACUCCAACAACCGGACGGCUAAGAGAGGGCUCCAGGAGAGGCAGAGCACACAGUCACAGGAGAUUCUGCCCCUUACAAGAGAGGAAAGAAAAGGAGGAACAAACAGUGUGGAAUAACUUUAACAGAGACAACUGAGAGAAGGACUUAAGCAAAUAUGUUACCAUGCUCUGGAGGGGAACCUGAGCACCCAGGAGCUUGACAGGAUCUUAGCGCACCUGCUCCACGCACGCCGGUUAUGUGGUGUUGCUGACUUGUGCGAUGGCCGUCUUGGACCUGCAGGUUCUGAUCCCACCAGUUCUGUCUUACGGUUCCCUCCCCACUAAGCACCUGGGCCACAGGCUCUGACCACACCCCAGCUCCUUCCCCCUCCUUCCCUCCCUCACCCCUGGCACCCCUCACUCCUGGGCCCACCAUGGGAGGAUGCUUCUCCAAACCCAAAGCAGUUGAAGUUAAAGUGGAACUCUCACUCCUGGAAAAAGAAAAGGAUUUGGAUGGCCUGUCGCCUAACGGCAAAGCGAGUCCUUUUGCCGACUGUCGACCGAAUGGGGCGCUGGGACAUGGCUCUGAGGACGACUCCAGCCUUCUCCCACUCAACUUCAAAACACGGGACUAUGUGGAGGCCUGUGUUUGUCAUAUUAAGGAUUUGGAAAAUGGACAGAUGCGAGAGGUUGAUCUGGGAAGCGGCAGAGCUUUGCUGAUUAAAGAACAUGGGGAGUUCUUUGCCAUGGGCCACAAGUGUCCCCACUAUGGGGCACCUUUGGUCAAAGGUGUGCUGUCAAAAGGACAUGUGCGGUGUCCGUGGCACGGCGCCUGUUUUAAUGUUGCAACGGGAGACAUUGAGGAUUUUCCAGGUCUGGACAGUCUGCCCGUCUUCCAGGUCAGAGUUGAGAAGGAGAAGGUCAUUAUUCGUGCUAACAAGCAGGCUCUUCAAACACAGAAAAGAUCAAAACCAAUGGCAAGAUGCUCAUCUGUUAUUCACUCCAACACAGGUUUCAGCCAUGUUCUCAUCAUUGGCUCAGGACCAGCAGCUCUGGUGUGUGCAGAGACCCUGAGACAGGAGGGCUUCACUGAUCGCAUUGUCAUGUGCACUAUGGACAGACAUCCCCCUUAUGACAGACCUAAACUGAGUAAGUCCUUAGAAAGCACAGCAGAACAGCUGAGGCUGCGCUCUGUGGACUUCCUGCAGGAUCAUGACAUUGAACUGCUCACAGAGAAGGAGGUUGCAGCAGUAGAUGUGAAGACUCGCACUGUGACCUUUGAGGACGGCUUAAAGAUGGAGUACAGGAAACUCUUUAUUGCUACAGGAAGCAAGCCAAAACCCAUGAACUAUAAGGGGAACGAAGUCAAGAACGUGUUCCACCUCCAGACGCCUGAAGAUGCAAACAGCAUAGCGAGGCUAGCCAACAACAAGAACGCAGUGAUUGUUGGAACAUCGUUUGUUGGUAUGGAGGUGGCUGCAGCUCUGACUGACAAGGCCCACUCAGUGUCUGUCAUCGGCAUCGAGUCCCUGCCUUUUAAAAAAGCUCUUGGAGAGAAAGUAGGCAAAGUCAUAAUGAAGCUGUUUGAGGCCAACAGAGUGAAGUUCUACAUGCUGAACGAGGUGUCAGAGAUGAUUGGCCAUCAUGGACAGCUAAAAGAGGUUGUAUUGAAGAGUGGAAAAGUCCUGCGAGCAGAUGUGUGUGUCAUAGGAGCAGGUAGCGUUCCUGCGUCAGGCUUUUUGAAGCAGAGUGGCAUCCAUUUGGACUCUAAGGGCUUUAUCACUGUAAACAAGAUGAUGCAGACAAACGUUGAAGGGGUCUUUGCUGGAGGGGAUGUGGUGACGUUUCCAUUCCCUCAGCGCAACAACAAGAAGGUGAACAUCCCUCACUGGCAGAUGGCUCAUGUGCACGGCAGGGUGGCAGCUCUCAGCAUGAUGGGCAGAGCUUCUGAGGCCAAAACUGUGCCUUACUUCUGGUCAGCCAUGUUUGGGAAGACCAUCCGCUAUGCAGGUUAUGGUGAUGGAUUUGAUGAUGUCAUUAUACAAGGUGACCUGGAUGAACUGCGAUUUGUAGCAUUUUAUACCAGGAGCGAGGAGGUGGUUGCUGUUGCCAGCAUGAACUACGAUCCCAUCGUAUCCAGAGUUGUAGAGGUACUAGGAUCUGGAAAGACCAUCAAAAAACGAGAUGUGGAGAUGUUAGCUCGACUUGGCAAGACUGGAGAUAUCUCUUGGUUGAUUGACAAAGGCUUCCACUGACUUCACAUCUACAGCUUCAGAAGGACCCACCCAAUGUACAGUGGACAACACAACAUGGACACUUAUGGUGCUGAGAUUCUGAGCAGCUAUUCUAUUCCCACAGACACACAGUGGACACGUGGCUGUGUCUGUCAGGGGCGGACCUUAACCUGAAACAGCUCAACACAAACACAUUUACAUUUUAUUGAUGUUUCACUACAAAGCAAUCCUGGAAUCAGCCUCUGCGCUGUAAAAAAUGUAUCUACCUGUAUACUUUUGUUUAUAAGAAGUCAGGGAAGGCCAUUGACAUUUUAUAUACUGUAAAUAACUGUAAUCCUGAAUUGAAUUUAACAAAAUAAGAGCAUAUAUAUAGUUUCAACUGAAUACUAAGCUGACUAUGUUUGCAUCCAGUAUAAAAUUUGCAUGGUAUAAUUAAAUGUGCCAUAAAAGAUCUUAAGGUGAAGCCCACAAAAAGAAGAAGUUUGAGAAUCCUGGCACAAAAAAAAAAAAAAACACAAUUUGCAAGAAACUCUGUUUU